GCUGCCACCGGCCCUGCCACGGGCUGCUCUUCGCCGAGGCUGACCGGGAGGACUUGCUGAGCCUCCUGUGCUACGAGGGGGGACUGCCCGAGGCUUGUGCCGAGACCCCCUUGGCCCACUCCGAUGUCCUGGCUGGGACCAACCUGGAGAUGCUGCAGGCUCGGGAGGACCCAGCCGCUGUGGAGAAGCCUGAAGGGCUGGGGAGGCCAGAGAGCUCAGAGGAAGAACCUUCUGGCAGCUGGUGUUACGGAGAGGGGCUUUGCGAGGACGAUUCUGCCUGCGAGGCUGCUCGGGAAGGUUCCCCGGAGCCGGCGUGGGCAGCGCUGCCUUCCGCUCUGGUGGCCGGGACAGAGCAGCCACCUCAGAGCACUAUGACCAACAGGGAAUCCCCAUCAUCCUGCCCAGCCUUCAAAGAGGUUCCAGGCCCUUGUGACCCAGAGGACUUGCUGGAUGGUGUGAUUUUUGGGGCCAAGUACCUGGGCUCCACGCAGCUGGCCUCGGAGAGGAACCCCCCGACCAGCGUCCGCAUGGCGCAGGCACAGGAGGCCGUGGACAGGAUCAAGGCACCCGAGGGGGAGUCCCAGCCCAUGACGGAGGUGGAUCUGUUUGUCUCCACACAGAGGAUCAAGGUGCUCACUGCUGACACUCAGGAGGCCAUGAUGGACCACUCCCUGCAGACCAUCUCCUACAUUGCCGACAUCGGCUCCCUCGUGGUGCUCAUGGCGCGCCGGAAGCUGCCGCGGCGCUCGGAGGCAGCGGAGGAGAAGCGGCUCUACAAGAUGAUCUGCCACGUCUUCCACUCACCUGAUGCCCAGGUGAUCGCCCAGGCCAUCGGGCAGGCAUUCGGCGUGGCCUACCAGCGCUUCCUGGAGGCCAACAGCAUCGACCCCAGCGAGCUGAGCCCGCGGCAGUACAGCCGUGCCCUGCAGGACCAGGAGCAGCACAACACUGAGCUGACCCACUUCUCCCGGCAGGAGAACUGCAAGGACGUGUGCAUCCGGAAGCAGAAGGGGGAGAUCUUGGGCAUUGCCGUAGUGGAGUCGGGCUGGGGCUCCAUCCUGCCCACCGUGGUCAUCGCCAACCUGAUGCACGGGGGCCCCGCGGAGCGCUCAGGCGAGCUGAGCAUCGGGGACCGCCUCAUGUCCGUCAACGGCACCAGCCUGGUGGGGCUGCCCCUGGGCACCUGCCAGAGCAUCAUCCGGGAGCUGAAGCACCAGACUGAGGUGACACUGAACAUUGUGCACUGUCCCCCUGUCACCACGGCUGUCAUCCGACGCCCUGACUCCAAGUACCAGCUGGGCUUCUGUGUUGAGAACGGUGUGAUCUGCAGCCUGAUGCGCGGGGGCAUCGCGGAGCGGGGCGGCAUCCGCGUGGGGCACCGCAUCAUCGAGAUCAACGGGCAGAGCGUGGUGGCCACGCCGCACGACAAGAUCAUCCAGAUCCUCACCGAGGCCGUCAGCGAGGUGCACAUCAAGACCAUGCCAGCCUCCACGUACCGUCUGCUGACAGGGCAGGAGCAGCCCCUCUUCCUCUGAGCCACCGUGCCUGGGGCAGGCAGGACGAGCCCAGGGCUGCAGGGGCA